ACCUGCCUGAAAAAGUUGUUUACAACCGAAGUCCUACGCUGGUGUUCUGCGGAUCGUUACCACUGCGAUCGUUGUCUUUUUUAAUCGAACAGUGUCACGCUCGGUCAAAGUCAUGGUAGCCAUGGCCAAGAGACUGAAACAUUUCCAGAUUGUUUUUACGGAUCCCUGCAAGACCUUCUACUGCGGCGGGGACUUGGUGUCCGGACGCGUGGAAGUGGAAGUCAACGAUUUGACUCGUGUUUCCGAGGUCAAAUUGUUCGGUGUGGGAAACGCCAAAGUGGAGUACGCCAAGGGAAAACAGAAGUGUCGUCAAGAGGCCGAAUACCUGCGCCAUGAAGAGGUCCUGAGGCUGGAUGACCAUCCUUCAGAUUCUGAUGGCUCCGUCAUAUUGAGACCUGGCAACAAGUACGAGUACAAGUUCAUGUUUGAGCUGCCUCAGCAAGGGAAGCUGGUGUCAUCUUACAAGGGGAAGUUUGGCUAUGUGCACUACUAUGUGAAAGUUCAGCUGCUGAGGGCUCAGCAGCCAGUGCUGGAGUGCAAGAAGUCUUUCGAGGUGGAGGAGCCACUGGAUGUCAACACGCCCGAUCUGCUGUGCCCGACUGGUGGAAUGAAAGAGAAAAAGGUCACCUGCAUGUUCAUCCCUGAUGGCCAGGUGUCACUGAACGCCAAGAUUGACCGCCGUGGUUUCUGCGAAGGCGAGGACAUUUGCAUCAACGCCAAGUUUGAAAACACUUGUUCCCGGAUCGUUGUUCCGAAGGCAGCCAUUAUUGCCAAACACAUAUACCAGGCCAAUGGGCGAACCAAGACGUUCCGUCAGAAGCUGUCGUCCGUGAGAGGAAACCACAUUAUCUCGGGGAUGUGUGACGCCUGGCAGGGCAAAUCCAUCCGAGUGCCGAAGAUCAAGCCGUCUAUGCUGGGCUGCAACAUCAUCCGCGUGGAGUACGCUCUCAUGAUCUACGUGCACAUCCCUGGGAGUGAUAAACUGAUCCUGGAGCUGCCGCUGGUCAUAGGGACGUCAGGUCUGGGCAGCCGCAGCAACAGUGUGAGCAGCACAGAAGGAUCAGUGAGCAACUCUUCCUGGGUAUCACUGAGGAUGCCGUCAGAACCCCCCAGCUACUGUGACAUCAGUCGUGACUGUCGUCUGGAUCAACCGCUCACGCCACUCUUGGAUGAUGUUGAUGGAGAUGACAGUCCAAUUUUCAUGACCACACCUGCAUUCCAGUUCCCAUCGCCCCCUUCGUACACAGAGUCUGAAGAGGAGUUCAGCAACAGUGCGCGCAUGCUGCCCGUCUGCUAGGGACCAGAUGGGUUCCAGAGCAUUUGUCCAGCUCAAAUGCAUUUUGAGAACCAGGGUUGGAGGUCUAACCUGCUGAUGGAUGGAGGGACGGACAGAUGGAUGGAUGUGCAAGUCUUCUGUGGUGUGCCUCAAUAUCUUGCUGCUGAUGCUGAAUCUUCCUCCACUUGAGUGCUGUUCCGUGGAACUAGAGACCCAACAUCACACGGUCUUCCAAGGACUGCCGAGUUCAGCUGUUUUUGUUGAGCUGUAGCGUGACUGCGUGAGAUGUUUCACCAGCCUGCAGGGAUGUCUGCUUCUGUCGCCUCGUCAUUCCAGGGACUCGCUUCGCAGAAGUGGAAUGUGGUUCUGUUUAGUUCCACAUGCUGAUGACACAGAGUGUAUUUUAAGUUUUCUGCAUGUUUCAGUGUCACUGUUGUUUUGCUCGUCCCAACCUUGGUUGGGGGGGUGCAACACCUGUCUGACUCUGCCAGUGCUAGAACUACGUGCAGGACCUCUGAGGUCUUGAGUGCUUCGCACCUUAAUAUAUCUGAGUGAACUCUUGAGUUGCGAAAUAAUGUUGUCAUGUAUUCCAGAGUAUUUUUGUAUGAAAUCCAAUUUGUCUUUUGUACGAAAUGACACUUAAUAAAAAAACAUUCAGUUGAA